GGACCGCGUGGGGGAGGACGACACGAUCGGAACGGCCGUCAUCCCCGUGUCCGCGAUCUCCGCGCCGGGAGAGGAUGGCUUCCUGCCGACGUUCGGGCCGGCCUGGGUGAACGUGUACGGAGCGCGCCGCGAGUGGGAGCUCCUCGAAGGAGACAAAGAGCGAGAGCAUGAACGUAGGCGUGGAGGAAGGCUGUGCCUAUCGAGGGCGCGUCCUCCUGGCACUGCACACGCACGUGGGAUCGUAUCCACCCGCGCCCUCGACCGCCAUUGAUAACGACGCCUUCAACGCCGUCAGGAGAUACCGGGGAACGAGGAGGUUCAGGCUGAUGUGCCAACUGGCGGGGGCAUGGCUUCUGGAGGAGGCGGGGAAGCCCCUGGAGAUCGAGGUGUCCGUCGGCAACUUCGGAAACAAGCUUGAGAACACCAUGCUGCCUUCGCCCUCGUCCACACACCCUGCAAACCCGGUGUUCGAUGGCUGCAAGUAUUACUUCCUGCCGUGGGGCGACGCCAUGCCACUGGUGACUGUUCACUGCGACUGGGAGGAUGUCACGCACCGACUUCACAGUGUCAACCACGUCACCGCGAUAGCAUCGGCACUGAAGAAGGAUUUGCAGCAAGUUGAGCUGGCGUUGCGAAGUAAGCACCAAACUCCUGAAGGGAGGAAGGAGGUGACAGACAUUUUGCAUGACACGCUGACGAAGCUGAUUGACGCGUGUAGGGCGCCCUUGCCAGCCGUGGACCCUGUUCGCCACGUCGAGACGUCGCUGGACCGCCACCUGAGGGAUCGACGCAGACUCGAGUUGGACCAAAUCGCGAUGUCGUGUCAGGACCUGGAUACCUCAGAACACCAGUCCGUCCUGGAGGAACUGCAGGCCGUCCUCACCCUUCUGGAGGACCUGGCUGUUGAACCUCAGAACAGCAUCCCUGACGUCUUCCUGUGGCUCAUGAGCGGGACGCGACGCCUUGCCUACGUCAGGAUUCCCGCCCACGCCGUCCUUUAUUCCCACGACCUGGCCGCUCAGGGAGAGCUGGCCGGGAAGUUCAAUACCUACACCCUCUGCUACCCAGACAAGGAUGAGAGCUUCGUGGGCGGCGUCGUGCGGGCGUCGGUGUGGCUCGGGCAGGAGGUGGACGUCAGGUCCUGGUGGGACAACAGGCCGGACGUCCAGCUCACCGUGUAUGCCGAGUCGUAUGAGAAUCAGGUGAUCUCCGUGCCCGGCAGCGGCAAGUGGGGCACCAGCGGCCUCCUGCUCACGCGCCCCUCCUUCUCCGACGCCGACGGGCGCCUCAGCCUCCCUCGCGAAGCCUUCCCGGAGCCCGACGGAUGGAAGUUCCAAGGAGACUGGUUCGUCGACCCGGACCCCAGUGUGAAGUACGAGGCGGACGCAGGGCGACAGCUGUUCACGGAGGAGGUGUACGAGCAGCAGAUGCGCGUGCCGGGCGGGACGUGGCUCCCCAACCCCAACACGUGGACCGACGCCCGCGGCGACCCCGCGUCCAAGCGAGAUGAGAUCGCGUGUCCAGACGGAUGGAAGUGGCGGGACUUGUGGUCGUAUGACCUGCAACGCGCGGUGGACGGCGAGGGCUGGGAGUACACCGUGGAGAGCGGCCUGGUGGGCUGGUCGCCGCAGGAGAAGAUCUACCACGUGACCCGCAGGAGGAGGUGGAUUCGCGAGCGCUUCCUGGUCCACAAGGUCGAAAAGCUCCAGGAAGUAGGGCAGGUGGAGGGCUGGGAGUACGCCCCCCUGUUCCGCCUGCAAUUCCACGCCCUCGAGAGGAAGGUGGACAUGGUGAGGCGCCGAAGGUGGAGGAGGCGCCUUGUGCCCGCCCAGCCCGGAGGAGCCCCGCCCACGCCAAGACUCGUCGUAAAGGCGGGAGAUGGCGAUGACGCAAUCACGCAGCUCACGUGCCCACGGAUGUACGUGGUGAGUGCCGAGCGCCACACGUUCCAGCUCCGUGCGCACUUGUACCAGGCACGUGACUUGCCGGCGGGAGACAAGACCGGGCUUUCUGACCCCUACGCCGUGGUGAGCUUCUGCGCAGGAACACAGCAGACGGAGAAAGAGAGGGCGACGUUGUGUCCUACGUGGGACCAGACGCUUAUCUUCGACGACGUGAAGCUGGCGGGCCCCGUGCUCACCACCCGCACGCAGGCGCCGCAGGUGGUCGUCGAGGUCUUCGACUGGGAUGCCAGGGGCGCCCCGGAAUUCCUUGGGCGUGUGUUCUGCUCUCCUACCAUGGUCGAGCUGGGCGAGGCGUACCAGUCACUACCUCUGAAGUGGUACCCACUCUCGCGAGGGAAGGACAAGCAAGGUGAGCUCCUGGCGUCAUUCGAGCUCCUCCCAAAGGACACGGCGGAGGAAAUGCCCAUUCUCCCCCCGACGCGCGGAGACUUCUACAUGGUCCCCUUCGGCGUGAGGCCCCUCCUGCAGAAGACCAGGGUUGAGGUGCUGUGCUGGGGCGUACGCAACAUGGCCACUUUCGAGCUGCAGUCCGUGACGCGACCGUCGAUCGAGUUCGAGUGCGGCGGCGAGCGGGUCACGUCGCCCAUUAUGACCAACCUCAGAGUCAAUCCUAAUUUCGACAAGCCUCACCUGGUCUUCGAUGUGGAACUCCCGAAAGAGGACCUGUACAUGCCGCCGCUGACCCUGCGCGUGGUCGACCACCGGGCCUUUGGCAGCAAGCCCGUCGUGGCCACCGCUGUGGUGUCCGACCUUCACCAGUACACCGUGGAACCCAAAUCUGCAAGGAAGAAGCGGAAGGGAAAAAGGGUCCCUUCACACCUCAGAGAGAGCUUGCCAGCCACCACUCUGCCGCUGCUGGACUCCAAGGCGGCCAAGGAAAAGGCUGACUCCGCCCACUCACGCCCGUCUUUGAGUCAUGCGCAGGCUGCCAGGGAGCCAGGUACAGUGGAUACAGACAUCGACUGGUGGGCCAAGUUUUAUGCGUCGUCGGGCCAGUCCAACCGCUCCGGGGCUUAUCUGUCCAAGGGGUACGAGAAGAUGGAGGUGCUGUCAGGAGCCUUGGAGGACGAGAUCAGGUUCUCCGGUUUCCGCGACCUCGUGGAUACCGUGAAGUUGUUCCGAGGGCGAGGAGAACAGGCUCAAUUCGCCGGCGAGUUCAAGGGCACCUUCCGCGUGUAUCCGCUGAGCCAAGAGGAAGGCGAUGACCAACCGCACAUCCUGUCCGGCUUCCCUUCGCCCGACCCGCAGGAGGUGAUCGCACGAGUCUACGUGGUGCUGGGGACGGACCUGGCUCCUAAGGACGCCGGGGGUUCCUCUGAUCCCUACGUCACGGUCAAGUUCGGAAAGACGAAGAGGUCCUCCAAGGACGACUACCGACCCAACACCCUCAACCCCGUGUUCGGACACGUGUUUGAAGUUGGAGGAACUCUGCCUCUCCACAAGGACCUCCUGGUGCAGGUAUGGGACCGCGACCUCGCCUCCUCGGAUGACCUCAUCGGAGAGACCACCAUUGACCUGGAAAACCGUUUCCUCACCCGGCACCGUGCCACGUGUGGGCUCCCGAGGCAGUACCAUGUGAGCGGCUCCAACGCCUGGAGGGACGCGGAGACUCCCUUCGAAGUGCUGGCGGGCGUUGCCAAGCUGAGGAACCUCGAGGCGCCCGUGUGGCAUGCUCAGCCCCCUGCCAUUGCCGUCGCGGGUAACAGUUACUCUCUCACGGAGUUCGAAUCCCCUGACGCGUCGCUGCCAUCAACCGUGGGUUCACCAAAGGAGCGUCUGGCUCUCUACAUUCUGCACAAGCAUUUCGCGCUGGUGACCGAACACGUGGAGUCCCGCGCCCUCAUGCACCCUGCUCGGCCCGGCGUUCCCCAAGGGCAGCUGCGCCUGUGGGUCGACCUCUUUCCUGCCUCCGCACAGCCGCUGCCUCCGCCCGUGGACAUCACGCCACGGCGCCCUCGCAAAUAUAUGCUGCGAGUAGUCGUGUACAACGUGUUCGACGCGCCGCUCCAGGAGACCAGCUUAGUCGGACGGGAAAAGAUGAGCGACGUCUACGUGAAGGGCUGGCUGCAGGGAACCAAGAACGUGCAGAAGACAGACAUCCACUACAGGUGCAUGGACGGAGAGGCGAACUUCAACUGGCGCUUCGUCUACGACCUGGACAUGAUGGAGGCGGAGCAGAUGAUGGUGGUGGAGCACAAGGAGCACCCGUGGAGCCUCCACACCACGCAGGAGAGGCGGCCUCCUCAGCUCACGCUCCAGCUCUGGGACAACGACCUGAUCCUCAGGGAUGACUAUCUGAGCGAGAUGACCCUCGACCUGUGCCGCAUGCCGAAGCCAGCGAAGCGCGUGGGCGCCGUCGGGCCCGAGCAGGUGCCGCAGAUGCAGGGCGACGGCGACGCCAACAGCGUGGCCAUCACGCUGCUCGACGACCACUCGACCGCCGUCAACCUGUUCGAGGCCAAGCGCCUCUACGGCUUCUUCCCCUUCAUCAGGGUCACCGAGGGCGUUCACCGAGAUAGCGAUCUUUCUGAAACACCUCUCUUGCAGGGUAAGAUUGAGAUGGAGUUGGAGGUGCUGACGGAGGAGGAGUCGAAGACGAGGCCAGCGGGCAUGGGUCGAGACGAGCCCAACAUGAAUCCCAAGUUGCCAGAACCCAAUCGCCCCGCCACCUCCUUCCUGUGGAUCUCCUCGCCUUGGAAGUCGUUCAGACACGUCGUCUGGAAGAACUACAAGUGGUACUGCAUCACGCUGGUCGUCCUCGCACUCCUGUUCCUGUUCCUGUUCCUCCUCCUCUAUUCGCUGCCGGGCGCCACCAUCGACUACCUCAUCGGCGUGGAUUAAGGAAUCGACGGCGUGGGUGUCGCUGCCUGUCCGCGUGUGUGUGUUCUUUCAAUAUGUGUUACAUGUGGGUAGAGAAGAGCAGGGUGUCAAGAUUUUACUGGGGCUUCAUCUUGACAUCUUUACAUGAUGGAAAGACAGAGUAAUCAUAUAAAAAGGAGAUAUUUACUAUAAAAGUGGAAACAACUGUUUUUUUUUUAUCAUAACAAUCCAGUAAUAGCUUAACAUUUAUCAAACACAAAUCUUUAUUGAAGUUUCUCAUCUUUUAUAUAUACUAGACACUAGUCGAAUCUGCAAAAACAGAAUUUUAUGUCUUCAAAAAGUUUUAAAAUUUACAAUAUACAUCACAAAGAUAUACUAUGUAUAUAAACAUACAUACAUGCAUACUUAUAUCUAUAUUUAUCUAUCUAUAUAUAUAUAUAUAUAUAUAUAUAUAUAUAUAUGUAUGUAUGUAUGUAUGUAUGUAUGUUUGAUGUAUGUCUGCAUGUAUAUCUGUGUUUAAAGAUAAAUCACGAUGAUUGGAACUGCCAGUGGUAUAAGAUAACCAUUGUCCUCUCCAAUUAUGUUUCCCUUCCCUUAUGCAUUUCAUAUUUACAACCAGUCUUAAAUGGAUAAGGCAAAAUUUCUCUUCUGCUGAUUUUCAUUUCCCAAUUUAUACAAUUCAGAAAGCAGUUCUGUGCAAUGAAGAUUCAUUGAUUUUCAGUUACUGAAUUUUAGAUUGCCAUGAUAUUUCUUUCCAUUUAUUGUCUUCAGUUGAUUAUAUUGCUCUCCGACCCUCAGCUGGGUCAAUGCACUUUUGUCUUGCUCAUUAUUUUAAACUAUUUUUAGUACUUACCAGGAUAAAAUCGCAAUGUCUGUUUUUGCCAAUUUUUACAUCAGAUUACCAAUUACUUCGUAUAUCGUUUUUGCAGAGGAAACCUACGGAAUAUAUUUUAUAAAGAGAAACUACUGAAUGUAGAAAUUUUUAAAUGGAGUAUAGAAGACACUGGUUCAGUUUUACUGCUUCUCGGAAGUGUCGGCCACGCUAAUUUUCUCUAAUGCGAUUCAUUAUGAAUAGCUUUUUGGCAUUUAUAUGUAUAUCUGUACGUACGUAUUUAACUUUGUGUCAAUUUCUUGAUGGUGCUGAUCGCCAGGUGUGUGUAUCCGUCCUGUGUCUUUUCUAUAGCUGUGAUAAGUCAGUUCUUUUGAACACACAUCUGACAGAUUGUUCUUCCUCAGCACUUUAUUCGUUGGGGUAAAUAGUUUUUUUUAAUGGUCUUGAAAUGUUCUUUAUAAUCAAUCUAAUGCUAACAUUGUUAUGAUGUUUUUAUUAUUCUGUAAGCCUAAUCUGGGCUUCGUUUUCCUUACGAAAAGUCCUUGUGGUGCUAAAUAGCAAAUUGUUGCAUUGAAAGAGUCUUAUCAUAUAUUAAAUCCUGACUGUAA